GCUCUAGAGGAAGCCGCAGCAGCAGCGCCGGCGAUGGCCGUGGCGGCGACAGCGACGGCAGGAGGAACCUAUCCAGAACAUGUGGAGCUACCAUUCCCGGCUUUGUCACCCACAAUGGAUACGGGUAAGGUGGUUGCGUGGCAUAAACAGGUCGGUGAUGAAAUUGCGGAAGGAGAUCUGCUAUGCGACAUUGAAACCGACAAGUCAGUGAUGGCUUUCGAAACGACUGAAGAGGGCUUUCUUGCCAAAAUCAUCUUGCCAGAAGGAACAGCUGGUGUCCCACCGCUGUGUGUGAUCUGCAAAAAUCAGCAGGAUGUAUCAGCUUUUGCGAAUUACACCCCAGAAACAGCAGGAGCUGCCACUGCUGCUGUAACUGCAGCGCCUUCGCCUGUAGCUGUGGCUCCACCCCCGGUUCCAGCGCCAUCAAUAUCCUCGGUUGCCUCAGUGCCGUCACCUGCUGAAGACCCCGCUGCUUCUCGACCUCCUGGUGCUCGUGUUAUCGCCACCCCAUAUGCUCGGAAAUUAGCUGCUGAGAUGGGUGUCGACUUGUCGGAAGUCGUGGGUACAGGGCCAGGUGGACGAAUUGUUGCGGCUGAUUUGGAGGGGGCCGAACCGAGUGAAGAGGUAACUGAAGAACCAAGUGCCGGACCUAAGAAGCCAAGAAAGAAAGCGAGUCCUAAACGAGCUGUCCCGGGUGAUCCGAAGUAUAAGGACAUACCACUUUCGAAUAUGAGAGAAACUAUUGCGAAACGUCUGUCAAAAAGCAAAAAUGAAAUUCCUCAUUAUUACCUAACUUCGGAAGUUUAUGUUGAUGAACUGCUGAAAUUGAGGAAGAAGCUCAAUGAGGAUCUGAAAGGUCAGGGCAUCAAAGUGUCUGUCAACGAUUUUAUCGUUAAGGCGUGUGCCCUGGCCUGCCUGGAUGUUCCUGAAGCGAACAGUUACUUCUUAGAAAAAGAAAAAGUUAUUCGCCAAAAUUUGACAGUCGACAUCGCCGUUGCAGUCAAAACGAAAACGGGUCUUCUCACACCGAUCGUCUUUAAUGCCGAUUCUAAGGUUCGUCUGUAG